AUGACAUGUGGAUCGAAACAGUCUAAACUCGAUUGUGAUUUGAGCGCACUUGACAACUCUGAAAACUCCACUUCGUCAACCGACCUAUCGCUUAAAUCUAAGUCUCAAACUGCCUCAACAUCAGUGGGAGCUUCACUCGAUGAAAAGAGUUUCUCAGGUGGGUCGAGUUCCGUCGAAAGUGGGAGUGGAAGAAUUGUUGAUGAUGGUUUUGGCUCCGAAGAUUCUAACGGAACCCGAAAGAGUAAUCUGAAACGUAAAUCUGGCACUAUCCCCGAGCAUGAAAUAAAGGACUUCGAAGAAAGCAAGUCCACAACACCUGUUGAAGGCAACCAUUCCUCUAACUUGAAGUAUCUUCCUGUUCUGAAGCUUAGCACAGCGAACAUGAAAAAGCACGACUUGGAGUUAGCUCAAAUGGAUCCUUCAGAAAGGGGGAACACAAAAUUCACCAACAUUGGGGCAGCGGCAGCAGCAGAAGAAAUGUCAUCCAACACAGAGUCGAGUGAGUCAAAACGAAGAAGAUCUUCUCGAAAAAAACGUAAGAGUUUAAAGCUACCCGCUAUCACAUCGGCGCUCGACAGGAGGUUCCCACUCCCCAAUCCCAAACAGAUCGAGCUCUACACGCAGGGUUCUGAUACUGUGCACUUAGAUCCUCGUCCAUAUUCCAGCAACGACAGCUCUACUCCUAUCAGCACCGAGGAGAGUAGUGCGGAGAGUUUAAGUCGUUGA